GUCAGAGAGAAAUAAGGACGGACUUCAAACCGACAGGUUCAGUAGGGAAAGAGCACUGAGUCCACGGCUUCCUCUGACCCUUCACACAGAAAAGGGAAUGGUCUUCUAAAACUUAGUGUUGAAAAAGAACAGGGGUUGGAAAGGAUGUGUUCUGAGUAACAGAGGUGGGCACCACUGCACUGCCCACAUCUCUGCCGUGACAUGACAUGCCACGGUGUAGGUGAGGUUAUGAGUCAGCACUGUAACAACCCACAACAGCAGCUCUCCGGUGUAACUGCCUUGCUCAAGGGCAGAACGACAUUUAAAAGCGGAAGACGCGUUCCGGUUGAAUGCGUUCAGUUGUGCAACUGACUAGGAACUGGACUAGGAUACCCAGCGCUUUUCCAGAGCUUUACGUUACGCUGUAUGGUGAAAACUCACCUGACACACCGACCUGGGUGAUACCACAGCAGCCAUUAGGAAAGCCCACCUUCAGUGGCCCAUCAAUGGGCCUAUAUGGAAGUUGCAGUUGUCACUGUAUAGAAUGUAAAAGGACUGUUCUUAUGUUCUACAUUGCAUUUGUGUUAUUGUUGUCAUGCACUAUGGUUAGAUAUGGCAUGGCUCACAAUCAUUUCACCUAGUACUGCCCUUGGCUCUUUUCAGUUGAAUUCAGACCAACCACUGGUCUUGUCUGCUCCUGGUUUGAGAAUAGUAUUAUGAUGCCAAAUUCUUCUCACCCUUUGGCUGAUUAGGAUUGAAAUGAAUUAUAUUUCUUUCUAUGUAGCUACUUCUACACCAUUGCAUUGUUUUAUUUUUGUAUGUCUUUCUCAUUCGAUGCUGUUUCUCUGUGUGCAGCAAUAUUCCUCAGACACUGGGUGUUAUUGUUCUGAGAGCCGAGGCACUGCCUCCCUAGGCAACCACUCCUCUCCGCGGAGAGGUGGAACGAGAGCGGGAGGAGGGGGCGAGGGACAAGUCUCUUGUGGAAGCCAAGGUUGGGAAGGGAGAUAACGUUACAUGCUGUGCAUUCUUGCAAUCGCAAUCUAACCUCCUUUCCUUCAACCUCCCUCCCUUUCCCCCAACCUCCCUUCCUCUCUUUCUCUUAUGGUCAUACUUUGCGUUUGACACCUAACACCCUCCUGGUUCAAAUGGGCGUGUUUGUGGGUAUGAGUGUUGUGGGAGCGGCAAGUCCAGGUGGCUUCCUCAGUUGCCUUCCACUUGUGGAGCUGUAGAGGAGUGUCUGAAGCUCCCACCGGGAACACUGCUCAGUACUUUUACCUCCAUGGGUUUGUGUAAGACUGCACUUUGUUAAGAAGUGUUGUCGAGACGACCUGGCACUCAAGUUUAGUCCCCCAUGAAGUGGCCUGGAGUGGGUCAGUCCAGCAGGUCAGUGCACUCGGUGUGUGGGAAGCGAAAGAGAGCCAUGAGCACUCUGGGUCGGUCCAAGGACAAAACCUGGGGGGUCGCCCUCAGACCGGGCAUAGAGGUGGCCACCCUCCGGAGCGCCUGGGAGGAGAGAAGGCUCCUGAACGGAUUCAACCGCAAGUUAACCCGUUGGUUCGAAUCCCCCCGUUUGUCCACCGCCUCCAUCAGUAGUAAUGAGCGGGCACCCUCCGCCACGCCCUCCGACUGCUCUGACUUCCCCUCCGCUGGCCAGCGCCCAGUGAGCCUGGUCUCCACCUUGUCCUCGGGGUCCGGUUCGUCCCGGGACGACAGCCCCGCUCCGCCUCCACCUGGCGGCACCGUGCCCCCUACCGGAGACGACAUCGACUUGGAGCUGAAUCCUCCGGUUGGCGUCGGCGAUCAGGACCGCCAGCACCUCGAUACGGCGGACCCUUCUGGGGAAGGACUGGUCUCUCGUGGCGGGAAGUUCGACCAGCUUAACAACAACAACACUGCCACGCCCUCGCGGGCUGCCAGCACCCGCCACACGCCCCCGUUAUCGCCCUUCGCAGCCAUAACUAUGGCACCCAACCCCAAGAUCACCUACUUGGACCGGGUGGUCAUGGAGAUCAUCGAGACGGAGCGCAUGUACGUGAGGGAUCUGCGCAGCAUCGUGGAGGACUACCUGGCCCACAUCAUCGACCAGGCAGACCUACCCAUUAGACCAGAACAGGUGUGUGCCCUGUUUGGAAACAUUGAGGACAUCUAUGAGUUCAACAGUGAACUUUUGCAGUCCUUAGAUAUGUGUGACAACGACCCUGUUGCCAUCGCUAGGUGCUUCGUCAUGAAGAGAGAGUAUUUUGAGAUCUACACACAGUACUGUACCAACUACCCAAAUUCUGUGGCUGCUCUGACAGACUGCAUGAGGAACAAAUCCUUGGCCAAGUUGUUCCGGGAGCGGCAGGCCUCUCUGAAACGCUCCCUUCCCCUGGGCUCCUACCUGCUCAAGCCUGUACAGAGGAUCCUCAAGUACCACCUAUUGCUUCAGGAGAUAGCCAAGCACUUUGACCCAGAAGAGGAGGGCUAUGAGGUAGUGGAGGAAGCCAUCUACACCAUGACAGGCGUGGCCUGGUACAUCAACGACAUGAAGAGGAAACACGAGCACGCCGUUCGACUGCAGGAGGUCCAGUCAUUGCUGAUCAACUGGAAAGGACCGGACCUGACCACGUACGGGGAACUGGUCCUGGAGGGUACCUUCAAGGUCCACCGGGCCAAGAACGAGCGCACACUCUUCCUCUUCGACCGCAUGCUCCUCAUCACCAGGCGCCGAGGAGAGCACUACGUCUUCAAGACCCUCAUCACGUGUUCCACCCUCAUGCUAAUCGAGAGUGCCAAGGACUCUCUAAGCUUCAGCGUUACUCACUACAAGCACCCCAAGCAGCCCCACACAGUGCAGGCCAAGACUGUGGAAGAGAGAAAACUAUGGGCCCAUCACAUCAAAAGGAUCAUUCUAGAAAACCAUCAAGCCAUCAUCCCUCAGAAGGCAAAGGAGGCCAUCUUAGAAAUGGACUCGAUUUACCCAUCAAAGUUCCGGUACAGUCCAGAGAGAAUGAAAAAGGCCAUGUCCUGCCAAUCAGACGAGUUUCCCAGAGAAGGUCGUCAGGGGCGACGGCAGUCAGAACCGACCAAACAGAUUCUGAAGAACACCAAAGCCGUCCUCAAGCACGCAGACAGCGAAGGGGCCCUAGCAGACGACCCGCGCUCCAUUCAGGCAGCCACUACUGUCAGCACCCUAGGCUCGAGCCUAGGCGAGUCCGAGGCUGAGAGGCCUAGUGUGGAGGAGGAGGAGGAAGAAGAAGAGGAGGAGGAUAUGGGCCUUAGGAAGGACUCUCUUGAGAGGCUAAGCCCCAGUGACAUUGAGAAGCCGAGGACAGGGUCAGCGUCCCACAAGGGCAGGGCGACCCUGGAGGAGGAAUGUGACUCGGAUGAUAUUCUGAUGGAGGAAGACCAGGUAGAGGACUUUGCCAGUUCCAUGCUGGCCGCCAUCUCCUGCUGGCACUAUAGAGCCAGGGCUUUGCUUUCCAUGGGGGUCACAACGGAUGAAGAGGGAGAAAAUGUAAUUGAGGAGAAUGGGUCUCACAAAGAGAAUGGGAUUUCAUCUGCUCCUGUGUUACAGUCGGGUACAGCGCAAAGCACCUCCAUCGCGGAAAAGGCUCCUCAGGACAAGCCGCUGCUCCAGACCAAGACCUCUGCCUCGGAGUCCAUUGAAAGGCUUAAGACAGCCCCCUCAGACCCAGAGAAGGCUUCUGCCACUCCUCCCAAGGUCUGCACCACUCCUCCCAAGGUCUGCACCACUCCUCCCAAGGUCUGCACCACUCCCCCCAGGAUGGAGGUACCAGAGCCCCAGAGUGACAAGGAGGAUGCGAUGGAGGAACAGACCGGGGCGUCGUCAGCAUCUCAGUCAGAUGACAUAAAAACAUUGAGCAGUGCAGAAUCUUCAGAAGAAGAGGAGGAAGAGGAAGUAGCAGCAGCACAGGAGAGCGGGUCCAGCAGCAUUCUACCUCCCUCCGUACUGAAUCAAGCCAGUGCCAUUGCGGAGCACUUCACCAACACCGCCAGGCGAGGCAGCACUGAUGAUGCCCGCUCCCUUGGCUGCCCCUCACCACGCCUUCCCAGCCGGACUGAGAGCACCCUCAGCCUUGGCGGCGAAGCCAAUGAACGCCCCCACUGGCUGAACAGCUCCUGCUUCGAACCAACCCAGGACAACUUUGGCGGAACGGAUCUGACUAUGCUUUCUCCGAGGGAUGACAGCCUCUUUGAGAUCCACAGGAGGAGAGACUCUACCCUAUCCAAGCAGGACCAAUUGCUCAUUGACAAAAUCAAAAGCUACUACGAGACUGCCGAGCACCAGGAUGCCAACUUCAGCCUCAGGCGCAGGGAGAGCCUGACCUACAUCCCUACUGGCCUUGUCAAGAACUCUGUCAGCUGGUUCAACAGUUCAGACGAGAGCCCUGGCACAGAGAAAAGUGAUACAUCAGCCUUGGCCACUUCCUCUGCACCUCACCCUUCCACUUCAGAACCUGAUUCAUCCAAGGCUCCAGACGUCUGGGACUGCAUGACCUCCAGUGCAUCAUUUGACUCACUGGAGUUGGAGAGAAGUAAGAAGCUUGAGGUGGUGGGUUCAGAGGCAGAGAGAAAGGACCGGUCUCGGGGUUUACAGGAGAGGCACAUCCAGGACGAGGAGUUCCGACCUUCAUCUGAGAUGAUCAAGGUUUGGCAGGAUAUGGAGAAAAGGGGGAGCAGAUCCCAGGGAGAGGCCAGAGGCCCUGUGAAAGACAGCGAGGCUCAACAGAAGACCUCUAGAGUCGCUGGUCCAAGCCUCUGCAGAAGGAGCCAGACUCCAAAGAAGAACUCUGACUCGGAGCCUGACGAUUCCUUUAUGAUACUGGAGGAAGCUGACCUGAGCACCAUCACUGAAGAGUCCAUGAGCCCUUCGCCCAUCAAGAGCAAGGUGUUGGGGCUUGGCCGUACAGCGAGUGUGAGGGAUCCCCGCAGGUCCAGGGUUGACGAGGGUAGGCUUUCCAGAGCUCCUAUGCCCAGGGUCAUCCAGUUGAGGGCUGAGGAAGGGGAGGAGGCCAGCAAGGAGCCUCAGUCGCCGGACGAUGCGGAGAUGGCUAAGAACAAAGUUUUCCAGUUGGCCCGGCAGUACAGCCAGCGUAUCAAGUGCACCACACCAGCUCCUAGGCAGCGAGAUGUCCUGUUUGGAAAGAAGAAUCUGCCCUGUGUGAUCGAGGAGAAGCCAGAGAGCUCAGGUAAACCCAACUUGACGCUGCCCCUGCUCUCAUUUGAUCGUAUGAGCAAUCUCCAGGAGUUGAGUCCUAUAGCCAGAUCUCCCAACCCUGCUCACAUGCCUAGCUCUUUGGGCAGUCCCAGGGUCCUUUCACCCGGCCGCAUGUCCGCAAAGAGCCCACUCAAUCCUACGCCUACCGAGGCUUUUAACUGGCCCGACGUGAGGACACUUCGCUGCAAGUAUGCCAGCUCGGACAAUGACCAGCCCCAGCUGCCGCCAGUUAACCGAAGCCGUUCAGUUCCUGAGAGGAUGGACAGCGGCCCCAAAAGGCGUUCAAGCUUCUGCUCCAGCUUAGUCACUGCUUUUGGUACGGUUGAGGCUCCGGCCUACAGACCCCAGCUCAGCAGGGACCCUGGGCCUGGAGAGGGGUUGGCUAGGCUCCAGAGGGCCGGGUCACUGGACCAGAGGCUGAGUGGGCUGCAUCUGAGUGAGCUGCAGAACCUCCAGGAUGAAGUCCCUAAUGACAGUUACUACAUCUCAGCACAGGCCACCAUGCCCAAUGACCACAGGGUCGUUGUUGUGGAGAAGGUUCCGGAGCCUGAGACAGAAUCCAGCUCUGCAGAACCACUGGAGAUGGUACUCAGGGCAAGGAGAGUAGAGGUGGUAGAGGACAUAGAUGAUAGCUAUGUCCAGAUCCGUUCACCGACCACUAGAGAGAAAAUCUCCAUCAUGGCUGUAAUCGACCGCUGCCGGGCCUAUCAGGAGUCAGAUGAGUAUAGGCAAAGGGAGGAGGGCGGGGCUAAGGCAGAGUCAGUACCCUUGAGUGGGAGGGGCAAGGAACUUGACAAGGGUCCACCCUCAAAUGAAAAGCUUGACGACGCCCAGAAAACUGCCAUGAACUUGGUCAAAAAGACAGAUGCUAGUCAACAGAACGUGGUGAAAAACUUGAGACAAAAAUUCCUUAACUUGAGGUGAAUAGCACCAGUAAACUUUUUAAAUAACCUUUUAUCCUGUUCAUAUUUUUCAUCAACUAAAGGGUUUAAGUUAGGUAUGCUGAUCUCAAGUUAGGAUUCGGUGUGCAUGUUGGUCAGUCCUGUACUGCAAUUUAAUGACUUAAGCUUUGCUGUCAAACUUUCUGUGUACAUAGUAGCGGUUAUAGUGACAGCCCAGGGAAAAUGUAGUUGUUUUGUCUCAGAAAUGUUGCAUAGAAAUGUUUAAAUAUCUAUGUACAAUACUCAAGAGAACCCUCUCUUGAUCCUGAAAUGAUGUCUGUCUAAAGCACCUUUUGUAUAGCUUGUGUUGUUCCAUCAUAAGGCAAUUGUAUUGCACAAUUGAAGAAAGCAAUUUUUUGGAGGGAGCGAAAUGUACUUAGUUUUCUUUCUAGGGUGGCUACCCACUGGGCACAGAUGUCACGUCAAUGUCUAGUUUUGAUUUACAUUUGAUUGACUUGUCAACUAAUGUAAAUUCAAAGUAAAACCAACAAACAUUUUGACCAUCAUUGGGUUUAGGUUAAAAGUUGGGUGAAAAAAAGACAAAUUACCUAAAUUCCUUUACGUCAAUGACCAUGUUGAUUCAACGUCUUCAAAUUGAAUUUGUUUGUUGAAAUGACAUGGAAACAACAUUGAUUCAACCAGUUUGUGCCCAGUGGCUACUGUGUCUCUGACAUGAAAUGAGAGCCCCUCAACAUCAUAGCAGCACUACUGUUUACUGGAAAACACAGAAAUAUAUGAUAUUGUCUGACGACAAUAGUUUUUGGGGGAAAUGCUGACCAGAAAAUUAAGGGAUUGAGUCUGAAACUUGAGAGCAUUGCAUAAUUUGCUGUCUUUACCAUCUUUCCUUGAACUCUCACCCUGCACUAGACUUAACCUUCACUGCACAUGGCCUGACCACUAAAAUACACAUGAGAGAGUCAUGGCCAUACUGGGAUAUAAUGGUUCAUUAAUUGCCCUGUGACCACUUUGUAAAUCCCACCUGAAGUGGUGAUAGCUCAAGGAUUGUCAUGUAAUUUUAUAUAAUCAUUGAAUUGUCAAAUGGAUUGAGAAUCAAAGACCCUGUAUGAAGUGUUGCUCUUUUCUAGUCAGUCAACUUCUUACCUUGAUUAUAUAUAUAUCAUUGUUCAGUUAAUUGGCUAAUGAUGUGCACUUUGUAUGUGUUCUCUGCUUUGGCUGCCCAAAGGAACUUCAUUCACAGCAACAGGUCAUUGAAAUGAGUCGACGUAAAACUUGAAAGAGUGAGAACUGGUGUACAUGUAUAGAUCCAGGGAACCCUAGUCAAAGGAGUCCGGGUCUUCUACUGCUAAAAAGUGUUACUGUCACUGCUCACUUCUCCGAGGGUCAUUCCUUCUCUUCACUUUCUACAUUUACCUCUUAUUUAUUAAGCCAACGUAAAUUUUAUGAACAUGACUUGUCUUGUCUUUAUAUAUUUGUGUGUGUGUGUGUGUGUGUGUGUAUAUAGAUAUAGAUGUUGAUAUCUAUAUAUAUAUAUAUAUAUGUGUAUGUUGACGGUUGUACAGAAAUGUUUGUGUUGCCUAGAGAUGGCAUACAUUCCAUAUUAAAACAGCACAUAGUGCUCA